CUUCAACGUUAUUCGAUCAAACGGAAAUUUUAGAAUAAAAUCGCUAUACUUAAAAACAGUUGACGACAACAUGAAAAACUUCUGCCCAUACGAAGCUACUUCUCUUGAAUAAAGCAGUUGUAGCAUUGAAAAUACCGGCGUCAAGUGGUAUAUCAAUUAUUCUCGUCGAUUCCAUUCUACAUUAGAAAAAUAUGCCAGAAAACGUGUUGAACGGAGAUCAUGUGGACGUUAAGGGUACGAGUUGUGAUGUUCAGGAGAAUGAAGAUGUUAAUACGGAAAAUGACGUACACUUUGAACCAAUCAUAUCUUUACCUCUAAUAGAGGUUUCAAAUAACGAAGAAAAUGAAGAAGAGAUGAUCAAAUUAAGAGCUAAACUAUAUCGUUAUGAGUCUGCUAUUAGCCCACCUGAAUGGAAAGAGCGUGGUACUGGAGAAGUAAAGCUAUUAAGACAUAAGACGAAGAAUACAGUUAGAGUGGUAAUGCGUAGAGACAAAACGUUGAAAAUAUGUGCUAAUCAUUUUGUCACUCCUUGGAUGGAAUUGAAACCAAAUUGUGGUAGCGACAGGGCUUGGGUUUGGAGUGUUCUUGCUGACUUUGCCGAUGAACAACUUAAGCCAGAAUUACUUGCAAUACGUUUUGCAAAUGCAGAAAAUGCAUCAUUAUGGAAAGAUGCUUUUGAAAAAGCAAAAUCCAUAGUGAGAUCUGAAUGUGCAAUUUACGCUGGCAAAAGCAAUCCUGAAAUUAAGAACGUCGAUAGUGAUAGUGAAUCCUGCAGUGAUGUAAGCUACAGUGGGAGUACUGACAACGAAGAACAAACAAACAAAGAAAAAGUUCGCAAAGAGGUUUCUCAAGAAUCUGUGGAAAAUGUCAAAGUCAUAGAAAAUACAGAGGAUGUAACUAAAGGACUUGAAAAUUUAGAAGUACAAGAUAAUUCAAAAAAUUAAUAAGAAUAUGUAAAAUGUAAUGAACUACUUUCAACAGUGCAGGGGUAAAGUGACGUUAAUAUUCAUAUGAUGAUGGCACAUUCCAAGCAAUAUGCAAUAUUUAUGUAUGCAUACACAUCCAUACAUAUGUACAUGUAUGCAUUCAAAAUAAUACACUACCGAUGCUUAUAAGAUUCGCGCGCGCACGUGGGGCAACGAUUUUAUAGAGAAAUUUUUAAAUUCGAUACAAACUAAAAUAUAUAUCUUCGCUUUAUUAAUAAGGUGCUGUUUUUAAGAACGUUUUACGCUGCGAGUUUUUUAAUCAAUAGCAGAUGGAGGAAGAAGUGAUAACAUUUUUAUACAUGAAAAUGUUUAUCAAUAGAAAUUUGAUAACCCUGAAUACAUGUAAAAACACGACGUAAAUUUAAACAUUUAGUAUUUAUAUAUACAGGAGUGAAAUUUCAAUUUGUAACAGUACUAUGUUCAAAGA